AUGUUGCAGUUCGGAGGUGGAAAGAACACUCUUCUUCGGAAGAUGAUGAUGCCCGUACUAGGUUGUUUUUUCAACUCCUCUAUCACGAUCCUUCACCUGGCCAGUACCGGCGUUUCAGCGGCUUCUGCGUUUCCUCCCGGGAUGAAAAGAGAAGAAAACAAAGCCACAGCCGAAAGAGAUGACAUCAAACCAGUCCGCAUUCUGGUUCUCGAGCCGGGCAUGGGUUUGGGGCUGGAUCCAGAAACGAACGAACCGAGACUCACCCGAAACCAAGUGACCGGCAAACGGUUUCGGGCGAAUCAUGUGAUGAAAAAACACACAAAAGUGCUGCACACGGAGCCUGUUCGAAACGCGGCUGGCGAGGUAGUAGGACGGCGAGAUGUAAAAGCGAAUUUUGUGACGUGGCACGCGGGACGAAACCGUGAGGAAGCAGAAGAAACAGCGGCCUUUAUUCCAAAAGGGCUGCAACCAAACGGGAGUCGUCGAUUUGUGAUCCAAGACGAGGCUAGCUUUCCUUUCUCAAAAGAUUUCACGGUUAAGCUGUCCAAGGACACCCACAGUGGCUUGGUGUGGGAGGCCAUAGCGGAAACAAUGGUGAAAAAGAAAAAGCCGGCUCGGAGAGGCGGCACUGCCGAGGCGGG